AUGAGCGAUACCAAUUCUGACGACUGGGUUGACUCACCUAACGACUCGCCAGAAGUAGAUGAGGAUAGACAAAGCGAAGCGGGCAACAUGAAUGCUAGUUCAGUUCAGCAAGAUGAGCAGCAAUUUCCGCGAAGGAGCCUGGAAGAAGUGGAGGGGACUGCCGCGAACGCACGCAGACGCACCUCGUCCCUAUCAGCAGGCAUCGCAGCUAUGUCACCCACCGAACUCGCUUCUGCCCAACCACGCCAACCCACUCCCCCACCUCCACCGCAUAGUUCUACUCUGCCCAAUCAAAUUGAACAUGCGCCCGAUCACGACCGGAACCGCUCCCCCAAGUCCUCUUUACCAGACUACCAUAACCCGGACUCACCGACGCAGAAACGGGGGAAGGGCGUCUUACGCAACCCAGUAGCAGAUACAUGGCGCGAGGACGCGUACAUGAAGAAAGAGCCGACUCAUCAGAAGAUGACUACUAGAGAAGCCAGCAAGGUGCAAGAUAGGUGGAGAUGCGAGUACUGCGGUCGAUUGAAUGAGAGAGGGAUUGAGACAACUACGCCGGAAAAUCCAGCCACUACCGAGCUGGAAACACUGAGACGUGACACUGGGAGCAUAAGGAUCGGUGCUGCCGGGCCAUCGCGAGCAUCAACAGAUCCAUCAUACGCCCACGCACCUUCAACUUCCAGCGUGUCUUGCGCAAGAUGCGAAUACUGCAAAGAGAAGCUCCCUUUCAACAUUAUGACGUACGACGUUCGUGAACUAUGCGAGGACGGUAUAAUAUAG